AUGGCCGGCUUCCUCCACCGCCACGUCCUCCCGCCCUUCCGCCGCCCGCCUCUCCCUUUCUUCCGACCCGGCGCCGGCGUCGUCUCCUCCUCCACCGCCCAGCCCCAGCGCCGCCGGCCAUGGACGCCCAGCCGCAUCCUCGACCCGGGGGACGACGUCGUCCUCAGCUGGAACCGCCUCUUCCUCGUCACCUGCAUGGUCGGCCUCUUCGUCGACCCCAUGUACUUCUACCUCCUAUACACCGGCACCGUCACCUGCGUCAAUAUCGACAUGAAAAUCGGCGUCGUCGUCACAGCCGUGCGCACCGUCGCCGACCUCUUCUACCUCGCGCACAUGAUCCUCAAGUUCCGCACCGCAUUCGUCGCCCCCAACUCGCGUGUCUUCGGCCGUGGCGAGCUCGUCAGGGACCCCGACCAGAUCGCCAUCCGCUACCUCAAGAACGACUUCAUCAUCGACCUCGCUGCCAUGCUCCCAAUCCCGCAGGUGAUCAUCUGGUUUGUCAUACCAGCUGUGAGCGCCUCUUCAGCAAAUCACACCAACAACACACUCUCGAUGAUUGUGUUGAUCCAGUACAUACCAAGGGUGUUCCUCAUCAUAUCCCUCAACUCCAAGAUUGUCAAGUCCAGUGGAGUUGUCACAAGGACUGCCUGGGCAGGGGCUGCUUACAACCUGCUUCUCUACACGUUGGCUAGUCAUGUACUUGGAGCCCUGUGGUACCUGUUGUCCAUCGAGAGGCAGUACACCUGCUGGGUGGACGUCUGCACAAGGGAGAAUGGCACUGCCCCCGGAAUACCGAGAUGUUUCGUGAGCUAUCUGGACUGCAAAACCAAGGAUGAUCCUAUUAGGAAGAAGUGGUUCGCGGCUAGCAACAUCAAUGCGGAGUGCAAGCUUCCCGAUGCGACUUACAAGUACGGAUUGUUCGCUGAUGCUCUGAAUCUCGAUGUCGUCGGGGCGACAUUCUUCGAGAAGUACCUUUACUGCCUCUGGUGGGGUUUCCGGAACUUGAGUUCCUAUGGACAAAACUUGCCAAACACCACCUACAGGGGAGAGACUAUAUUCUGCAUCUUGAUAUGUAUCAUGGGCCUUGUCUUCUUUUCACAUCUCAUUGGAAACAUGCAGACAUACCUGCAAUCGAUGACGGUGAGGCUGGAGGAGUGGCGGGUGAAGCGGCGCGACAUCGAGGAGUGGAUGCGUCACCGUCAGCUUCCCCUGGAGCUCCAGGAGCGUGUCCGGAGGUUCUUCCAGUACAAGUGGCUUGCCACCAGGGGCGUCGACGAGGAGUCCAUCCUCCAGUCGUUGCCGCUCGACCUCCGCCGCGAGAUCCAGCGCCACCUCUGCCUUGCCCUCGUCCGCCGAGUGCCCUUCUUCUCGCAGAUGGACGAGCAGCUGCUGGACGCUAUCUGCGAGCGGCUGGUGUCGUCGCUAAGCACAAAGGACGCAUACAUCGUGCGCGAGGGCGACCCCGUAAAUGAGAUGCUCUUCAUCAUCCGCGGCGAGCUGGAGAGCUCUACGACGGACGGCGGCCGGACCAACUUCUUCAGCUCCAUCACGCUCCGGCCAGGGGACUUCUGCGGCGAGGAGCUCCUGACGUGGGCGCUGAUGCCCAACCCGAGCCUCAACUUCCCGCAGUCGACGCGCACGGUUCGGUCGGUGACGGAGGUGGAGGCGUUCGCGCUCCGGGCAGAGGACCUCAAGUACGUGGCCAACCAGUUCAAGCGCCUCCACAGCAAGCGGCUGCAGCACGCGUUCCGGUACUACUCCCACCAGUGGCGGAGCUGGGGCGCCUGCUUCGUGCAGGGCGCAUGGAGGCGGCACAAGAAGAGGAAGCUCGCUAAGGAGCUCAUGAAGCAGGAGGGAAUCCUCUUCGAAGACAGCCAGGGCGGCGACGACGACAACGGCGGGGCUGGCGGCGCCGCCAGCGACACAGCGCCGUUGCUCGGAGAGUACAAGGAUGCGGCUGGUGCGGGCGGCGCCGCGUCCUCGUCGGCGGAAGGGGGCGACGCCGGCGGCGUGCACCUAGGUGCGACGUUCCUGGCGUCCAAGUUCGCCAAGAACACCAAGAAGGGCGCGCACCAGAAGGUCGUGGCGCAGCAGAGGAUCGACGACGUGUCAAGCAUGAAGUUCCCCAAGCUGGCCAAGCCUGACGAGCCGGACUUCACCUUGCACACCGAAGAUGUGCUGUAG